AAGCGAACGAACAACUGGAAAGUGUUAUUUCCGGUCUAUUUGUUGUCAUUGCAAGUGACGUCACUUGCGCGCUCGACCGGUCACGUGACACGCAGUUCUAUAUGUGAUGUGACGUCACAGAGGGCACAGAACAUAUAACAACACUAAAUGAGUUCAGUCCAGCCACUUUCAGUUGAAGCUCAUGCAGUUCCCUGAGACUGAACUUGACAGAAAGUGUUAACAAACUCACAGUCUGUAGACACAGCAUUCAAAUACACAGUACUAUAGAGUCAAAGAUGCAGAAAGCCAAUAUCAUGUGUGCAAAUAACUCUGAGACGGAGAGCAGCAGCAGCGAAGUGUUCGAAGACACCUUUGAGAACUUCUUACAAGUGCAGAUGGAGAGCAGCAGAGCUCAUCCGUCCAGCAGCACUGUUGUUUCAGCUGAGAAAUAUCCUGAACAACAAAAUAAUCCAACAGAGAAACACACAAAAGGGAGGAAAGGCUGUGGUUGUUUGAGGAGCGUGUGGAAGUCUGUAAAACAUCACGUCCAAACCCUCAAAACCCGAGCAUGUCCUCGUGUGCCAUCGCAGGAGCCUCCACAAACAUCCAGAGCAGAACCGACAGCAGACACAGAUCCGCUCGAGUCCCAGACAACAGAUCCUCAACAUGGAGCAGAGUACUUGCGCUCUCUCUAUGAAGUGGGAGAAGAAGUGGGAUCGGGUGUCUAUGAAGGAAUUAGAAGAUCGGAUGGCCAGAGGGUGCUCAUCAGAUUUGUGAAGAGGCACUUGCCCGGAAAAACAUCAGAGUCGGAUGAGUUUCUCAGACCUAUGUGUGAAGAGGCAGCUACGAUGUUGAUGCUGCAAAGGCCUCCGUUCUGCCAACACGUCAUACAGUUAUAUGACUGGUUUAUCACGGAGGAGCAGAAUGUCUUGAUAAUGGAAAAUCCCCAUCCCUUUGUGACCUUGCGUAAGUUCAUCAAAAAAAACCCAGGUCACCUGAGUGAAGAAAAGGCGAGACUCAUCAUGUGGCAAGUCGCCGUUGCUCUGCGUCACUGCUGGGAUCGUGGUAUUUUUCAUGAAACCGAUCUGAGUAAUAUUCUCAUCAACACGGACACCCUGCAGUUGAAGAUAAUGGACUUUAGAUACGCAGAGCACAUCAUCAAAAAACGAAGUGAAGAAGCUUAUUUAGAGGCGAGGCUCAGAGUGCCUGGUAAAUUGCAAGCGGCUGAAAACCUAUACUUCGUGCUGGAUGCGCUCAUCACAACCAUAAGACAUCCGUGCUGGAAAAAAGCACAGCUGUCCAGAGAAUGCACAGAUCUUCUUGAGAAACUUGGGCAUGGAGGGCCAUCAGCGAUUGACACCUUAGAGAACAUCUUAGAACAUGCCUGGUUUAGAGACCGCUCCCCAGUGAAUGGAGGAGAAGGAAAGUGAAAAGAGAUGAUUCAAACCCAAGCUUAUGUUCAUGCUCUCAUAGUUUGUGUGUUGGGCAGCAGCUCUCAGCCACGCUUCACUCCUUUAACCCUGCAGCUGAGCCUCGGCUGAGAUGUUAGUACUCCAGCACUUCUCCUCUCUCUUCAUCCAGAGCUCUGUUCAGCCUCUUCAGCAGCUCUGGGCUUACAUCGCUUCCUUUAUUCCAGUGGUCCACCAAUUCAUGUGAAGAGAUUCACCAACACAGCUCUGCCAGGCAUUCAUUUGCCAAUCGCUUCUUGUGCAUCUGUGCAUCUCAGCAUGCAUCGGUGUAUUUUGAAACAUUUCUAGCAUCAAGAUGUACACACAAAUCCACAGACAGGUGGACUCUACUGCCGGCCAAUCAUAGCACGUUCUCACUACAACCAAUCAGGUGUUGCUUUACAGUCAGCGGUCUCUAACUGAAACAGCUUUGCUCAUUUACACUAGCUCAGAUAUGAAUUAUAAGAUCCAUAAGAAGUGCUACAGUAAAAGAUACCUAGCAUUUAGAUUUGGUUAGCCACAGUAUUCUAAUUUAAUCGAGCUUUACGUCUCUUUAUGGGAACACUGGAUAGAAAGCGUCACAUAAUUCAGGAAUAAAUAACUCGAUUGAUUUGAUAGAUGAAAUAACUGUCCCACAACAGCAUUCCCAGUUCUUCAGUCGAGCAGAUUUAAUGAUGGAUACGAGCAACUCUGUGCAUCUGACACUCUAUAGUUAGCACUAUAAGUAGGGUGUCACGCCACUAAUUACAAAUGUUUCAAACAGUAAUUAAAUGUAAUACAGAAUGAUUCCCACUUUGUAGAGACGGUAUACUUGGUUUAUUAAGAUGAUACAGGCUUGUGUUAUCCACAAGCGAUGAGGCUUGUACUGUAAGGUCACUGAUAGUCGCUCGGGCUUGUAUUUGUUAAGAUACAUGAUGUUUUGUCCUAGAUAGGGUCCUUCAGAAGUUGAAGGGGUGAUCUGUUCAGUGCAGUAGACAGUAUCACUGAUUAUAAUGCGUUGUGCUGCUCGUGUCGGCUGUUAUCACUCAGGAUCUCUGAAUACACUCUUGACUUCUUCCUGAUACACUGCUCUCAAUGGAAAUAUAAAGAAGGACAGACAAAAAAUGAUAUCUCAGUGUUUUCUGGGAUUUUAUCCAUAACGAUGAUUUGAGUGUGUUAUUGUGCUGAUAUCUUAAGGACUACCGUGGACAGCUGACUCCUAAAGUUUGGAUAUUCUUCAUAUUCUGUGGUGGUCGGUUCACAGCAGUUAUAGAAAUUAAUCUUUCCAACAAGUUUAAAUAGAUUUUUACCUUUAUGGGCAUUUGUACCUUUAUAAAGUCAUUUUUCUUAACCGUGGGCAUCAUCUUUUUAAUCAGUCAGUUAGAAUAAUAAGACAUUUUGGCUGUUAUGAACUAAAUUAAAUCAAAAUUGAUCUUUGCAGUGCAGACGAAACACAGACGCUGCAUCUGAAGUGGCAUGUAGAUGUGUUUACACACUGUUUAAUGCAGGACCCAAACGAUUUAACCUGCAGUUACAAAUAAAGACAUGAUGUUUUGAUAUAUUAAACAUAAAAUGUUGACCACUGAUAUUGAAGAUUAAUUAUAAAUUAAAAGAUACUCUGAAAGCGAAAUUGAAACGGUCAAGUCACUGCGAUUGAAACGAUUCGUUUAAACGGGUGAUUCAUUCAGGAACGAAACAGUGUCAUGUUGCUCAGAGACACAAAACAGUGCUUGUCCUUUGUUUGAAACUAUUUUGGUUUUCUCUAAAAUCACACAUCGUUAAAACAACAAUUAGGAUGUUAUCACAGACGGUAUGCAUCUCACACUCCUAUAAAGACGCCACUUAAAAGAAGUUUUGACCACACAAACAGUACUUCAGCUCAAUUUGAAGGAAGAGAAUGAAUCUGAAUCGACAUGUUCCCAUCCUGACUGUAAAUCAAAAUGUGACGGCUGUAGCGAGAACAUGCUACGAUUGGCCAAGGCAAUGUUUCUGUUAUCUGAUUGGCUUGAGAUGACAGUGGGUGGAGUCCACCUCAAGGUUAUUAUAAUUCUGCGUUUUUACCAGUGUUGGGGUAGUUACUCAAAAAAUGUAAUUAGUUACUAGUUACUUCUGUAAAUUGUAAUGCGAUUACUUCACUAGUUACUGCAUUUGAAAAGUAACUUCGCUACUUAUUACUU